AUGGACUUCGCCUUCGCGAUCCACCAGGCGCAGCAGAGGAUGGCGGUGAGUUCCGCGGGCUUCGGGCGUUUCAUGAGCGCCAGCGGCCAGUGCGCGGGGCAGGCCAUCGACGCGGUGGCAACAGGGGCCGUGGGAGGAGCGGCCAGGCUGAUGACAGGCUGCGCCUCGGGGACCGUGUCAGCGAUCCGGGGCAUGCGCGCGGUGGAGCUGCCGAGCGCACCUGCGCCGCAGCGCCCGCGCGUCCUCGAGCAGUUCGACAUCUCGGACGAGGGCUCGGGCAGCGGCGUGCCAACCGAGAUGGCAGACGUGAUGGCCGAGUUUAGCUGGAUGCGUGCGGAGAUGGAGGCUCUGAGGGAGGAGAACGCCAGGCUCCGAGGAGGGAGCGCAGCGUCAGCCCGAAGCGGGUACGCGACGCCCUCGUCGCCUGAGCGGCUGGAGGAGGAGAUCGCCGAGGCCCAGGACGAGGGUAUCGACACCGUCUACGGCGUGGAUUGGUCUCAGGCGGGGGGGCUUGCCGUGAGCGGUGCUGGGGACAGUGCCGCCGAGACUCACGAGGUGAAGGCCGCGUGCGGGGCGGCUGACACGAUUGGCAAGCACGUCGAGGAGUUUCCCGACUCGGCGCCGCUGCUCAUGCUGGGCUCGCGCCUGCAGGACAUCCAGGAGGUGGUCAUCCUCAGGGCGGCGGUGUUCCUGGAGGCGCUGGGCUACCUGGAGGAGGCUUCGGGGGUCUUCCAGGAGGUGUCCCACAUGGUGGUGGCGGAGUUGGAGUUCAUGGAGUUGGUGGAGGCUUUCAGGGAGGAUUCCCAAGAUCUCAGGGCUUCGGAGGUGUUCCGGGAGGCCCUGGAGGUGGACAGUUCGGCGGAGGAGGCGGGCCGAGCGGACCAGGUGGACCUGGUGGCGGUGGAUUCGGCCCUCCGCCCGGGCAGCCGGGAGACGGUUUCGGUGGCGGGCCAGGCGGCCCUGGCAGAUUCGGGCCUCAGGGCCCUGGAGGUGGCGGCUUCGGACCUGGUGGACCAGGCGGCGGAGGCGGCGGACCAUCUCCACCGCCGCUGCCUUUCGGCGGUGGCGGAGCGACUGCGGCGACUUCGAUACCCGCAGGCAGCUGCCUUUGAGGGGUGGCUGCAGAGGAUCAGCCUCGAGCUCGGCGGCCUGCGCCACCUCAUCCAGGAGUACUGGCAGCAAGUGGUCGCCGUCGUCUCCGAGGCGAACCGCUCGUACCUCGCGCACGGGCCGUUGGACAGGCCUGGGAUCAGGCCGUCGCAGCCCGAGGACUGGGUUGCCUCGGAGGCCGAGGCGAUUAACUACCGCAGCUGCGAGCUUCGGUUGCGGAGCAUCUUGCUGAAUCUGAUGCCAGACGGCGUCAGGUCGCAGUGCCUCUCCACAAAGAUGACGUCGACCUGCGACAUCUUGUUUGGGGCCUUCGUCGAGGCAGGGCCCGGCAUGGCCGCUGACAAGGACUACGUGUUGAAUGCGGUUUCGAAGGGCAAGGCCGUCGACCAGGCCCACACCUACGAGGAGCUACAGAGGUGGAAGCUGAAUGCGACGCGCCUCGCAACGCUUGGCGUUGCGGCGCCAGGCCCGUCGGUCCAGCUGACGAUUCUCAAGACGAUCGUGGGCCGCAUGAUCGAGAGCGACCAGGAGGUCAAGCACCGCUACUACGGGUUCCUCGUGGUGCGGGGCUUGAGUGGCGGCGUCUGCACGCAGGCCCGGGAGUUCGCGGGCUCGUCCGGCGGCGGCGGCAGGAGCGAGCAGCAGGAGGCAGCUCGCGUGGCAGCUCUGGCCCCCCAGGGUGGUAAGGACCCGAAGGGGAAGGGCAACGACAAGGGCAAGGAUAAGGACAAGAGUGGCAAGCCGAAGGGCGCCGGCAGGGAGGGCCCGAAAGGCGGCCAUCCACCUCUUGGAGGCGGCGCUGGAGCUGGCCCUGGCCGGGGCUCUGGAGUGAAGGGCGAGCUCAAGUUGUGCCCGCAUUUCGAGGGUGACCGCGGCUGCUGGCACGGCAGCGGAGGAGCUUGCCGAGAUCGGCAUCGAAAGCUCCAACCGCAGGAGGGCAAGUGCUUCAACUGCGGAUCCCCCCAGCACCGCUCGGACGCGUGCGAGCGCACGAGGCCUCCGGCGAAGACAGCGGAUGCUCCAGAGGCUGCUGCAUCUUUGGCUUCGGCGGCGUCGCCGGCCGCUCCAGGGACAGCUUCUUCGAAAUCGGAUGCGGCAUCGAUGGAGCAGGUGGCUGCUCAGGCCGCGCGCGCUGAGGUCAGCGCGCAGCUCCUGACGCUCAUGGGAAUGGGCGCUGGAGUGCCGCAGGCCCCUUCGGGGCAGGCGGCACAGGUCGACUUCUGGGCCAACGUCGAGCCGAGCGCGAAAACGAUCCAGGUCUCGGCGGAAAUCGCCGGGGUCAACGGCGAGCGCAUGCUUCUCGCAGACACGGGGGCCACUCAUGAGUUGCGCGGGGUGCGCGACCUCUCAGCAAUCCGCGGCAGCCACGUGAGGCUCCAGACCGCCAGCGGCGAGGUCGACGCGAAGAUGGUGGCGGACGUGGUCUACGUCGAGGGGGAGUCCCUGCAGGGCCUGUUCCCUCUCGCCACUUACGUGGAGCAGCUUGGCCUCAGGAUGAGCCGGGAUGCGGAGCAGUGCGUUGUGAUGCUCGCGGACGGCCGCGAGGUGCACCUCCACCGCGUGAACACCGCGCUGUACAUCUCUGAGGGUGACGCGGAGGUGCUGCGGCAGGAGCGGCGGAGGCAACUUCGCGAGCGGUUUCGUGCGGCGAUGGGCGUGCUCGCACGCGCCCUCCGCGGCAUGGCUCAUGCUGCGCCCGCGCGGCCAAGCUUGCAGGAGCACGAGGAGGCGGGGCACGUUGUCUUCGACCCUGCCUGCAGCAAGUGCAGGGGCGCCUCUGGGCGCAUGAGACAGCACUUCAGACACGACGCCUCGACGAGGCCAGGCGGCCAGUUGUCGGUGGACCUGUCAGGGCCACAUUUGACUGGCCGCUGGCCCUCAGGGCGGCCAGAGGACCAGGGCAAAAAGGCAAUCCACUUCCUCCUCGCCGCCUUCAGCGUCACCGCCGGCGACGAGCUGGCGCUCAAGAGGAGGCUGAUGGCGCGCGCCGCCGAGGCGUUGGGCGUCAGCGUGCGGCCGGCAGCUGUAGAGGCGCAGGGAGCGCCCGGCCAGGGCCAGACCGUCGGCCCAGAUGCUCCUGGAGAGUCCUCCGGAGACCUUCUGGCUCCCCCGAUCCUGGUUGAGGGCUCCGGCCAGGAGGCCGAAGCUGAUGAUGGACAUGCGGCGGCGCCCAAGAGUCGCAAAUGGUACUACGUCGUGCCGCUCGAGAGCCGCAGGCCCGACGUGUGCAUCGCCGCGUUGAACGCCAUCAUCGCGUCCAUCCGCAGAGAGUUUGAGGGGGCCGACGUGGUUUUUACAGGAUCCAUGGAGACAGGGCCAGUGAGGACAGGCUGUCCUGCUUUCGGUGCCCGUGUCACGUCCAGGGUAAAGGACGUCCCCCGCAGCAUGUUCCAGGCGCGGGCGGUGGAGAGCAUCUUCCUGGGCAUCGACGAGGGCGGCGGCGGUUGGCUCGUGGGCCAGGUGGAUCCCGAAGCCACGAUGUCGGAGCGGAGGUGCGGCGGCUUCCCCGGCAGCCGCGAGGACGUCGAGGACGAGAGGAGAGGCAUCUGCGACUCGAAGUGCGGCUUGCAGGUGCAGAGGUUGCGGUACCACGACGACGUGAACGCCCAGGUCGCUCCCAUGGGCUCCAGGGGUGGCGACGACGACGAAAGCGACGACGAGGGUAGCGUGCCGCCCGAGUUCCGGGACAUCAUCCGCGACUCAGGCACGUCGCUGGUCUCGAUGAGGGUGCUCAACGAGGCCUUCGGUUUGGAGAAGGAGGAGUGGAGGCAGGCCCUCGAGAACGAGCUGAAUUCGAUGACUGAGAACGAAGUUUUCUCCCGGCUGACGCCGGCGGAGGUCCGCCAGGCGAGGCCCAGGGACAUCUUGCCCAUGAAGGUGGUGGCAGGUGUCAAGGCUGCCGAGCCCUCCGAUCCGACGGGAUACCGGAGGAAGAAAUGCCGAGGCGUGGUCUGCGGCAACUUCGAGCAGCACGGGGAGGGAGAGCAGGUGUACACCUCGAACCUCGAGGUUUGCAGCCUCCGCAGCGCCUUGGCGGUAGCAUUCGCUAGGCGCUGGGACAUCGGCGCGAUGGAUGUUUCGACUGCCUUCCUCAACGCCCACCUCCCCAUCGAGCACAAGGAGGUGCUGGUGCGCCCUCCCGCCGUGAUGGUGCGGUAUGGCCUCGUCCGUCCCGGGGAGGUCUGGAGGGCGACGAAGGCCAUCUACGGCCUGCGCAUCUCGCCCAGGGCGUGGGCUACGAAGCGGGAUUCGGAUAUGAAGGACAUGAUCGUCGAGGACGCGCAGGGCCGUCAGCUCCAGCUCCGGCAAAGCACCGCGGACGGGGCAGUGUGGAGUAUCGUGGAUUCCGCGGGCAGCGUCUGCGGGUACGUCCUCACGUACGUGGACGACUUCCUCAUCUUGGGAGUUGUGCGCUACCUCUCCAUUGACAUCGAGGUCAAGAUCGACUCCACCAUCACGCUCUCGCAGCAUUCCUACACGGAGGAGCUGCUGGAGAAGUGGGGGAUGGAGAAGGCGAACGGCGCCGGCUCCAUCAACUUGGAUAAGGAGAGCUUCGACGACUUCGCCGGGGCGGCCAACGGGGACGAGGAGGAGCUAGCGCUGAGCGAUGUCAGGCUCGCGCAACGCAUGGCUGGAGGGAUUCUCUGGCUGGCCUCGCGGACGCGCCCGGACAUCGCCUAUGCGGUGUCGCGCGUCGCGGCUCUCGCCACGAGCCAUCCUGUCCAGAGCUUGUUGUUCGGCAAGAAAGUCUUGCGCUACCUCGCUGGCACGAGGCGCGUGGGUCUGGAGUACCACGUCCCAGAGGAGUUCGGCAUGGACGAGACGCUCCCGCUGGAGACGUACGCCGACGCGAGCUUCGAGGACAUUGGCGCACAAACGGGCGUCUCGGUGUACCUCUUCGGCUGCCUGGUCGAUUGGCGCAGCGUGCGCCAGCAGGUCGUCCCGUUCAGCACCGCGGAGGCGGAGGUGAAUGCACUUGCCGUCGGCGAGAACAUGAGCGCUGCGGCUGCGGCAACGCUCGAGAGCAUGGGGCUCCGA